CCAGAACUUCUUCGUAGAUGACUUGGAUUGUUGUUUUCGACCGAGAAGUGGAAGACAUCGUUUCAGCAUGGAGUUAAAAAGGCGCGUGCGUGGUAGGAUAUCUUUGGUCCUGCUAGUUCUCUGGAAUAUUGCAACCACGCUCUCUGGCAAAAAUCUUCACUGUACCAACGACUUUAUUGAGACAUUCAUUUGCCACUUUGAAGCACCAAACUGCACCGAAUACAAUCUGACUCUGCGGAGCAACAACUGGAAUGAGGAGAGGAAAGGAACUUUCACACAGUGUGACGUCAGGCAGUGCUGUUGCUCUGUGGGAGAAAUGACACUGAUCUUGAGGGCCACUUAUAAUGUCACAGUUUGGAAAGGAGGCGAAAGCAUGGAGUCCAAAAUCAUCAGCGUCACAGAGAGCAUAAAGACUAAACCCCCGACAAUCGUCUCGGUGAGAGAAUCCAAUGGCAAUUUCCAAGUCAAUUGGGAUCCGAACCUAGAGGCCGGGUUCAGGGAUAGCUUGACAGCGAAUGUGACUUACCAUAAAAAAGGAGACACAGAAAAGGUAACUGUAUCUGUCAAACCGGCGACAGUCGAUGGUCUGAAAAACUUUGAAAUACUUGGUCGAAACUUGGAGCCAAGCACAACAUACGCUGUCAGCGUGAGCAGCUACACGCCCUUGAGUGGCGAGUACAGUGACAGUAGCGAAGAAUGGGAAUUCACAAGCACCGUGUCCCCCGAUGCCCCGCCCUUGGCUCUCAUCAUCAGCCUCAGUUUUGCUGCAGUCAUCAUCACCGCUGUUAUUUUUGUUUGUUUUGUAAAGCUCAAAACCAAGUGGUGGGACUCAGUCGUCAAAUGUCAGAAUCCAAAAUUUUAUGUUAUUCAUCCGAGCGAGCAGAAGAUCUUGAAGCCCGGAACAAUCGACUUCUUCUCCAUCGCCUCCGUUGAGCCUCUUGUUCCAGAUGAAAACAAACUAUGGUCGAAGGACUCACCGAGAGACACGAGCGGCGGAAGCCGUGAGCGAAGCAGUGGCAUCAGCCUGAGCUCUUCUGCUUCCAGUUACGCUAACACGGAGCCCGCCGACAUCAAAGCCUGCGUUGAAGACGCCCUCAAUAAAGUGUUUGGCAACAUCGGCGCGUUAUCGCAUUUGACCGCCAAAGGAUUAAACAAAGACGGCGGUUUGCUCUCCUCUCCCGACAAACCGCGCGGCGUCCGAGCCGACGACGCGGGUUGCGGGUCAUCCGACUUCAUCAACAAAACUUAUUCCGUCCUCUUUCCCGGCUGUCAGACGGUGACGGACGCCUCUGAGGUCCAGGCGCAGGCGGAAAUGCUUUGCGAGUCUACAUACCAUCCCAUUGUGACCUCUGUUGACCCCCAGGCACCGGCCCUUGUGAAUUCACCCCCGGGGGUUCUCUCCCUCGUGACGACGGACAUGUCCUAUCGGCCCUGCAAUGCGGAUUCUGUUGGAUUUCCAUCUGCAGAAGACUCCGGUUUGUCCUUCGCCUCGAGUGGCACCGACACAAUGGCGUCAUGUGACCCCGUGUCCAGGCUUGAGGCCAGGCGUCCGAGCUCUGAGGAGGCGACGAAGCCACGUGGAAAAGCCGAAGGGGAAACCGCGACGGAUGAAAAACCUGCAGGCUCGCGAAGCUUUCCUCCGAUGGAUGACGACUACCAGCCAUUUCAGAGUCUGGUGGAGCAGCCCGAUGUUUUGUUUUCCCGGGAGAGAAGUGAUGAGAACGAGGAACAUUUGAAAGUACAUCCAGAGGGAUUAUUCACCAACAUGGAUCAAAGCAUCCCGUGUUUCAAUCACAAUGUCCAGGGAGGCCGGUGUCAAAGGCCUUUCCUCCUUUUGAUGUCUGCCGACCAGUCUACGCCGACAAUCUCAGACGUCGGCUAUCAGAGUGUGUAGGGCGGAAUUUUUUGUUGUUCUUUUAUUGUAUGUAAUUUAUGCUUCUUUUUUUUAACUACUAAGAAGCAUUGCUGAGAAAUGUAGAAGACGAGAGUGAGGGCGAGGUGGCUGUAACGGACUGUGAAUGGCGUUCCUAAUCUUUCAUUCAAACCUUUGUCAUGGACGCCUGCAGAUGAAGAUCAUGUGACACAACGAAAAGUUUCAAAACACUUAAGAAACUAGAAAUAAAUAAAUACACGGCGAUCAAAACAUAACCUUCAGCAUUUUCAAUGCGAAGGAAAUGAACUUUGAGUCGAAAUUAGUUCCUCAAAUUGCGUCGAGGAUAUUUUUUUGUCCGCGUUGCACCAUACCAACCUAAACUUUUGUGUUUCACUCGUUGCAACUGCAUUCAUGGUGGAAAAGAUGCAGAAGGUUUGUACAUUAAAAAACAUUCAUGUACAAUGUCUGUCAUACACAGAAUGCACUUUUUGGAGUUUUUAAACAAAACCGCUACAGGCUGCUCUCAUAUCCGUCAAUGACGUGUCAUAUUCAACUCUGUUAAUGUAAGUUAAAAUCCAUUCCCUAAAUGUUGUAUAAAGCACAGAGGACUCGCUGUAAAUGUAACUAUCUCGUCUGUGAUGUAACAUUUGUGAGACGUCAGUGAAAUGUGAGUGAACAGAAGUAUAAUCUAUGGAGGAUUAUUUCUCUCCCUGAACUUAAUUUGACUUGGGGUGUGUUAAGUUGUAAUAGUUUAUUUUGAUAACAUCUGCAGAGGUCUUAUGUUUUAAAUUAAUACAUAUAGAAAGAUAUUAUAAUAGAAAAUAUUAGGGAGAAUAUUGAUAUUGUUAUUAAUGUAUUAUGAAGCAUAGGGGUAAUGUUUACUCUAUGCAAAUGUAAAUGGCAAGAAUUAAUGUAUGUUGCAUGAGAGUGACUAUGUUCGUAUUAUAGAUUGACGAGGCCGGUUGAAUUCCGUGAAGUGACUUACAAUAACAAGAGACUUUUAUUGUGAAAGUGACUUUAAUGCGGACAAUAACAAGACGGGACUCUUAUUGUGAAAAAUACUUUAGCUACGGGACCGGAAGUGACGUUUUCACCGGGGCCAGUGAGGAGAAAAACUCUGUUUUAGAGAAAUCGGCCCCUUCUUCCACAGGUAAUCGCCGAGGCCGCAAGGCUGAGCUCCCGGAGGAGCCGGGAGCCAAGGUGGAGCACCUUGAAUGUUUGUUCUACACUUCCUGCCAUUAAAUGUUGAUAACUUAAUUCACGCGCGUCCGGAAGCCUGUUUUCCAUCAUCUGCGAAGUGCCCAGUUUCAGAAUACUCUACAGGAGUCACCAUAAAAAGAAAGUGCAUUUGUACCCAAAUAAGCCUUCAAUACAGAUUCUUUCAAGGAAAAAUACAUCCAAACUGAGUCUGACACACGACGGCUGUCAGAAUGAGCCGGUUGUGAAAUGACUUCCUCAUUAUCUGGAACUGCAGAGCCACUUCCAAAAUAACACGGCUCACUUCAGGCUGAUUUAGUUCCAACAAAGACAUCCUACUAUUUCAUUAUUGCAUUCACUAUAUGAAAAUAACUGGGAGUAUUAUUGUCUUUAAAGCAGCACUUUACUGUUAUGCACUUUUCUGUUAAGGCACAUUUCUUUUGAAGAAAAUCAUUCAAAUAAAAGUUGUCCGUAUUA